CAGACACUAGAAAUGGUUAAAAUAAUGCAGCUUCCAGCAGUGCAGCUACAGGACUUCAAAGCGUUAAAAAAACAAAAAACAAAAAAAAAACUACACAACCCAGAUGAUGUUCUAGCACUUCCGGUUAGUGUUGCGUUUACGGUACCAGGGACGGAACUUGCAAGGUGGUCUCCUGCCACAACCUCUGAUGCUGCCUACUGUCCUCCGCUGUGUUCGGCCCAUCUCUACCAGUCUUGCCUUAAACCGGCCUCUGGCCCACUUCAGACCACACAUGGACCCCGACCCGAGCCGGCCCAUUGAGAGGUCUAUCAGAUCCAAACUGACCGACACACUCGAGCCGGUCCACUUAGAGGUCCACAAUGAAAGCCACAUGCACGCUGUGCCCCCUGGCUCUGAAUCCCAUUUCCGUGUCCUGGUUGUCAGCUCCCAGUUUGAGGGUCUGUCAUUGAUAAAGCGCCACCGUCUGGUUAAUGAGGCUUUGAAGAAGGAGUUGAGUAGCUGUGUUCAUGCACUAUCUAUCCAGGCAAAAACUCCUGAGCAGUGGAGAAGUAACCCCUCCCUGGCUAAGAGUCCGCCUUGCAUGGGAGGCUCGAGGGGAGAUCACACAGUGGAGGAGAAACUGAAGGCCGGGCGGGAGUAAAGGGUUGGACUAUGAAGCUGUCGGACUGAACUGUGAAGAAGGCAGGUGAAUGCUGUAGAAGAGGUGUAAAGAUCAUUGUCGUUAAUGUAAUGGCAGUCAGGAUUCUGUUGUAGAUAUAAAAAAUACAAAAAUGGGUUUUCUGUGGUUAUUCUAUCAUAAUAAAACAUACAUUGUAAACAUUAAAUCAAGGUAUGUUUUAGAGCUACAUUUUGUGCAAUCAAACAAAUGUUACAAUAGCCCGUCGCAAAACAGGUGGUUCGUGGUCGUAGGUAUAUUUUGCACUAGUGUUGAAUUAGUACAAUACUGAGCAAACACUGCAAUUCCGUAGGCUAGUGUGAGGACUUUCCAUAGCAAUGCUGCCGCUCAUAGUUCUUAGUCUCCAUGAUUUCAGAUUGGUGCAGUAAAUAAUGGAACUGUAUUGUCAGAAAAGCUCAUAUUGCCUGAACAAUAAUGGCAUUUACCAGAGGUCAAGAGUGGAUGGUCAUUACUGCAUUGCUGCAAGUGAGUCAAAAUAACAGUAUUCUUAGAAUAAAAAAACCUAAAAACA